UUUCUUUUUCUUUUGCGAGAUUUUGCUUUGACUUGCCCUUUGUUUUAGUUCUCCUUAAAAAAAAAAAAAAAGAAGAAAGGAAAAGAAGUCUCAGCAAACAUUUACCGUAACAAACAAACUGAAGUUUUUGAUUGUUAAAAAAGCGGUUUGUCUGCUUCGAAAUUGAAUUGUUGGUUGCGAAAGAAGAGAGUAGUAGUAGAGUGAAGUGAUGGGUCGCCCUCCCAGUAAUGGCGGUCCUUCCUUUCGCUUCAUGCAAAAUGAGGUUACGGAGAUGGAAGCUAUUUUGCAAGAGCAUAAUAACACGAUGCCAGCUCGUGAGGUUCUUGUAUCUCUUGCAGAGAAGUUCAGUGAGUCCCCAGAUCGAAAAGGGAACAUUCAAGUGCAAAUGAAACAAGUGUGGAAUUGGUUCCAAAACAGAAGGUAUGCAAUAAGGGCAAAAUCAAAUAAGACCCCAAUGAAGUUAAAUAUAACACCUAUGCCUCGCGACGAUUUAGUUGCAGCUAGGGGUCUACCUCAACAAGUAGCUGCUCCUAUACCUGUUGCUGUCCCUGCAACUACACCUGCUUCCUCAGCUGGUGCUGGAAGGGCAACUUCAGAAAAUUCUUACAUGGAAUUUGAAGCCAAAUCUGCUAGAGAUGGUGCAUGGUAUGAUGUAGGAACCUUCCUAUCCCAUAGAUAUUUGGACAAGGGGGAUCCGGAAGUAUUGGUUCGGUUUGCUGGUUUUGGACCGGAUGAAGAUGAGUGGCUUAAUGUUUGCAGGCAGGUCAGGCAGCGGUCUCUCCCUUGUGAAGCAUCUGAAUGUGUUGCAGUUCUUCCUGGAGAUCUCAUACUCUGUUUUCAAGAAGGCAAAGAUCAGGCUCUGUAUUUUGAUGCUCAUGUUCUUGAUGCCCAAAGAAGAAGGCAUGAUGUAAGAGGUUGCCGUUGUAGGUUUUUGGUGCGUUACGAUCAUGACCAAUCAGAGGAAAUUGUGCCACUGAGGAAGAUUUGUCGGAGGCCUGAAACUGAUUAUAGGUUGCUACAGCUUCAUGCUGCAAAUGACUCAGCAGCUAAUGACCAGAAGGAAGCUAGCGUAGAUCCCUCCACAGCCAAUGCCCAAAGGGUUGCUGCUUCUGCCUUGGAAACAACACAGCAGCAGCAACAUAACUCAGAUGGAGCCAUGGCGGUUCUAGCUUCACAAGCCAAUGUUUCUCAACCAGUCAAAACAUUGUAGAGGGGACAUUCGCCUGUAAUGAUACAGUAGAGGUUAUUGCUGUCCAUGUACAAGAAUAGCAACCAAAUGUUAGGAAUGUCUCCAGUUUUAUUCUCCUUGGGCCCCUAGGCGUAGAUCAGGAUUCAAGAAAAAACUCGGACCUUCAUUAACAAGUCUUCUAUCUUUUUCCCCGAGUAUACUGGUGAGUUAAUUUGCCUUAGUCAUAUUCGUGGUGGGUGCAUUUUCUGUUGGAUUCUUUGUAACAUCUCGGUAGCUAAGAACACGGAACAUGGCAUGGCGUUCGAGUAAUGGUAUUAUCUUGUGCUUUGAGUGCUGCUGGUCUCA